UAUUUUUAUUUUAUUGUUGUUUCCGAUUGAGUGUUUGUUUUGUGUCUUUGGUGUGUAUGUUCUAGGUCAGUAUUUUCUGUUGUUUAUGUAUGAUGUGAUGUGUGGCAGCUCCAGUAAUGUGUUUCUCUGUCCGUCUCUCAGAUCCUCCGGCGGUGGAGCCGGUGUGGCAGGAGGUGCGGCAGGGUUUGGGUCGGACGGUGUCCAUGAACUGUCGUGUUCUUCGGGCUCAUCCGUCCCGCGUGCUGCGCUACGAGUGGAGGCUGGGCUCACGGCUGCUGCACGCCGGCACCUUCGACUCGCGCGACGACACCGACUACACCGUACGCAACCUGGCGCGGGAGGGCUACGGCGAGUACACCUGUGACAUCAUCAACGAGGUGGGGCCUGGACGCUGCACCUUCCUGGUGACCGGGAAAGCGUAUCCUCCAGAGUUUUAUUACGACACAUAUAACCCGCUGUGGCAGAACCGGCCGCGUGUGUACGGAUACAAGCUGCAGUGGACACAGAUGAACCCGAACGCUGUGGACCGGAUCAUGGUGUACCGCCUCGGGAUACGACAGACGGGGAAGCAGCGCUGGUGGGAGCAGGAGAUUCAGGUGGAGGGAAACAUCCAGAAAGGAGAGCUGAUCACUCAUAACCUGACGGAGCUCAUCCGACCCGAAGCUUACGUGGUUCGACUGACGCCCAUCACACGCUUCGGAGAGGGAGACUCCUCCACCCGAGUCGUCACGUACAGCGUUCCCAUCAAUCCUCAUCUGAGAGAGUUUCACUGCAGUUUUGAGGAGGAUCCCGUCUGUAUGUUCACUCAGGACAAGAACGAUGACUUCGACUGGACGAGACACAGCGCAGCUACACGUGACACUAAAUACACGCCCAACACGGGGCCCAGCGGGGACCGCAGCGGCUCCAAACAGGGUUUCUACAUGUACAUUGAGACGUCCAGACCUCGAAAAGAGGGUGAUACGGCUCGUCUCCUGAGCCCAACGUUCAACGUGGCUCUUAAAAGCUCCUACAGCAUCAGCAGCCCGCCGGCGUACUGCUUCAGCUUCUACUUCCACAUGUUCGGCAAACACAUCGGCACUCUGAAUGCAUUUGUGAAGCAGAAAGGUCAGUCUACUUCAGAAGCCGGUCCAGUCUGGUCUCUCAGCGGGAACCAAGGGGACCGAUGGAGACAAGCCAAAAUUAGCAUCCAUCCCACUGCCUCCUUCCAGGUGAUGUUCGAGGGCAUCCGCGGCCCCGGGAUCGAGGGGGACAUCGCCAUCGAUGAUGUCACUCUCGAGGAGGGGGAGUGUCCUGACCCUCCGUCCAAUCCGAUCAGAGGAGCGGCUGCACACAGCGUCUCCAGUAUAUGGCCAUUGAGCGUCACACUGUUUUAUACCGUAUUCAUUGGUCUGAGGUGACACUCCACGUGAGAAGAGACUCCAGACACGUCCCUCAAUAUAUAAUCACCAAAGAUUCAUGCUUUCGGAUCGCUUGGAAGGCACAACCACAAACAGAAAAGUAAUAACUAAUGCUAAAAAUAAAUUCUCUCGAUGUCUGGAACCAACCGAGGGUUUGAGCACUGACCUGAGAAGCACAACGACUACAUCGCAAUCUGGAUUUAAUCGUGAAUGAAGAUUCCCCUUCCCUGUUUUCCAUCUUGAGAUGCUGUUGUGCUUUGGAGUACAUCUCAUCUUCUUCUGAUAGUCCCGAUCUUGAAUUGUUCUGGAUUUGGUUUAGAUUGGCGCUUUAAAACGCUUUAUUCACAACACUGUGCUCACGUUCCCAAGUGGAGAACCUUGCGUGUUUUGGCGUCUGUGAUGGUUCGUCAUCGUUCCCAGCACCGGUUGAGACAGAGUUUCUGCCGUUAAAAAAAAAAGAAGUGCCUUCAGGUUAAAAAACAAACAAAACUGAUCCGUUAGCCUGGCCAUCGACACCAAACGUCCAUGUUUCUAACAUCUCUGAUGGGCUAUUUUAUACUCAUUUCCACGAUGUUUGGCUGCUGGAGGACGAUGUAUGGACGAAUGUCACGCUCUCCAUCCCGAACCGUCAUGCUUCUGUCAUUUAUAUACCGAACAAUGUGCAUUCUGAGAUAAAAAUAAAAACACAAAAUAUUCAUAAUUAUAAUAAUAUUUUAUUACUCCAUUCAGAAUGUGUCUCAGCUUUUACACACGAACUGUGAAAGUCAGUGGUGGUAACUUAUCAAUGCUUUUAAAAAAAAAGAAACGUGUCGAGUUGUGUCUCGUUUCUCCUGAUUUACAUUCAAAUGUUCCGACUUUAUUGUCUUUAUUUCUCGUCGUCUCCCUUGCAUUGCUGAAAAUAUUAAAAACAGGCAGAAACACGCCGGUUUGUUAACUGUACAACUUGUAUAUGUAAAGAAGCUCUGAUUUAUACGAGAUGUUUUGUGUACGAGUCAAAGGAAGCACAACAUUUAGGAUUCAACCGUUUAGAAGCAUCAUAUAUGUGAGCGUCCUCCUGCAAACUCAACGUGAAAAUAAAACGUGACACUGAAAGCGUCGAAGCUAAUUGAAUCAAUACUACUUUACAUUCGCAUGGGCUAUUUUUAAAUAGAUUUUUCACAUAAUGGUAAUAUCGCUCAUGCAAAGGGUUAAAAAAAAAAUACGAAAAACGUCAAAAGCUGACUUACAGUCAAAGAUGUUCAGAAGUCAUUUAAAGUAAUAGUUCACAUGAAAUUGAAAAUGUCUGAAAGAACGAGCCGGUGAAUAAUGAAGCGUGAUUAAUCUCCUGGUUUUACCGGAGGACGUGACGUCACAUAUAUGUGUUGGCAUGAUGUAAAAGAUUCAUUCACAGUACGAUGACUGACGCUCGUUACAGGACUUCAGAAUCAUCCGUCUAACGAAUCACGAGUCAAAUAUACAAGUCAAAUCAGCCAAACAGAGUGUCAGAGUCUUUAUGAUGUAAAAAUGAGACGGCCACAAGAAAACAAACCAAUACUAAUGAUGUUAAUUAAGGGCUAAAGGCAUCUUAGCUUGUUUCUGUGUGAACAAAUACUACAUGAGAAAUAUCAUUUGAAGUCAUGGAUGUAAUGUGUUUUCUGUUUAGAGCUGGGUUGAAUACAUUUGUAAUGAUUUGCUGGUGAAAACGAGCCAACAUUGUGAGUAUUGCAAUGAUUUUUUUGCACUUUUUGUUUGGUGUUCGCAUAUGAUUCAUUCGAGUGAAUCACUUCAAAAUGUCCGAUUCAACAACUCCUUCCGAAAAGUCAUUCAAGUGUUUUAUUAAAAAUACUAUGUACUGCACAUAGUAUUUAAUGUACUGUAAAUAUUGCUGUUUAUUAUUCUGUAUUGUUGGUAAAUGAUUCACAAUCGUUUGUGUUCGUUUAGUGUGGAACUGUUGCUUUGAUUGUUUGAAUUAGACUUUCACUGGGUUUUACUUUUAUGUUUAAACAUUUACAUUCUGAUUAUUGUCUGAAAAGUGUUGGGAAAAUUGUAUCACCAGCUCGAAUGCCAUGAUGAAAUUUUGACAGGGUAACGAUUGGUCAAAUUUAACCCUCCUAUCGCAUUUUUGCAUUGGUGAAACGUGAGCUUGUAAAAUUUGUUUUGUCUAAAGCCAUAUUGUUUCUGAUCGGCAACUUCUCAUUAAUGAGGGAAUUCGCAAAAAAAAAAUCCAAGUUUACAGUGUUUUACCCCUUUUUAAUAUUUGAGAAAACUCAAUAAUUAUUGGAAAUUUCACAUUUUACAACAACUACAGUAA